UUAUACCACGCUUUAGAUCACGAGCUAUCUGGGAAUGCCUGAACGUAUCAUAUCCGACCGAGGAACGGCCUUCACUUCAAAAGCGUUCCAAAAGUUUUGCAAUGAAAACAACGUCAAACAUAUUCUCAACGCAGUGCGGACGCCACGCGCUAACGGACACGCUGAACGAGCAUCCUAUCCAUGCUACUACCUUUUACUGAUGAGGAAAGACGAUGGGACGACAAAUUACGUCAAAUACAAUGGAGCAUUAAUACCAUCCCGAAUAAAACCACAAGUUGUACACCAUUCCGACUACUUUAUGGGUACGUGCCUCGAGACAUCCUCGAAGACGUACAACGAAGGUGACCUCGUAUUGACUACAAACGAACCAAUAAGCUCCGGUACAUCACGUAAAUUAGAACCACGAUUCACAGGACCAUUCAUCAUCACCAAAGUCCUGCCAAAUGAUCGUUAUGUAAUUGAAGACUUACCUCAUGCCGAGCGAACGCAACGUCACUACAAAGCCGUAUUUGCAUCAGAUCAACUUAAAACUUGGUGCAUGUUACCACCAGAUGAUCCAGACGACAUAGACAACGAAGAUGAGAGCACCAUGGGCGAGGGCGCCACAUUGGGUCAGGAAAGCCGACUGUAAGCGAUGGCAACUCUGUUGCCCAACAAGUGUCAGAUAAAAUAAAGCAAGUGGCAGCAACCAAAAGGACACAGUCAACAAGCAACCCUCAGCGAGUGAACAACGUAAAAUAACGAGUACGAAAUAUUUGAGAACAUUCUAUAAAUUUGCAUAAGUGUAAUAUUUUCAUAUAUUUAAAUAAAGUUCUAUAUUGUUAUAAUUGUUUGACUGCCAAUUUUAACGAGUGCACACGAGUACGGUGUUUUUCUACAAAUGUAUCAUUUCAUUUUUUUUUUCAAUGUAACGCAGCUGUAUAAACAACAUUUUUCGGUUUCUGUUCCGGUGUACAGAAAAGAUGGUUUUCCAACUCGUGAGCACGCUACGGCCGUGUAGAAAACAGAGCAUUUCCAAAUUUAUGCCUCACACUAUACGACUAUCUUUAGGUCCUGUUGACUGUCAUCUCAACGGAAACGGAAUACGUUUCUGAG